CCGGCUUCUGUGAUGUCAGCGCCGGAACCUGGAAUCCCGGCUCCGCGAGGAAAGGCCGGGGAGGCGGCGGCGGCCGCGGGUGGAGAGGGUCCCCGGCAACCUCUGAGGAGCGCGGGGCGCAGCCAUGAGCGAGUCGAGCGCCAGUGCGCUCCAGCUCGGCAGGCCCAGCCGGCAGCCCGCGGUCCAUCCAGAGAACCUCUCUCUAGACACCAGUUGCUUCUCCUCUCCACCUGUGAACUUCCUCCAAGAAUUGCCAAGCUACCGGUCCAUUGCACGCAGGAGAACGACUGUCCAUUCCCGGGACAAGCAAAGCGGCACUUUGCUAAAGUCAACCGACUCUUACAGCUCCCAGCUGGAGGACAGAAUCGCUGAAAACCUCAGCAGCCAAUCCCUUCGAAAUUAUGCACUGAACAUCUCUGAGAAGCGGAGACUAAGGGACAUUCAGGAGACACAAAUGAAGUAUCUCUCUGAGUGGGACCAGUGGAAGCGGUAUAGCAGCAAGUCUUGGAAGAGGUUCCUGGAGAAGGCUCGAGAGAUGACGACCCACCUGGAGCUGUGGCGGGAGGAUAUUCGCAGCAUAGAAGGGAAAUUUGGCACUGGGAUUCAGUCCUAUUUCUCCUUCUUGAGAUUCCUGGUGUUGCUGAAUUUGGUGAUAUUUCUGAUCAUCUUUAUGCUGGUUUUGCUCCCAAUCUUACUCACGAAAUACAAGAUCACCAACAGUAGCUUCGUGCUCAUUCCUUUCAAAGACACAGAUAUACAAUGUACAGUCUAUCCAGUAAGCAGUUCUGGACUCAUUUACUUUUACAGUUAUAUCAUAGACUUGCUUUCUGGCACUGGUUUCCUGGAGGAGACUAGCCUCUUUUACGGACAUUACACCAUUGAUGGAGUGAAAUUUCAGAACUUCACCUAUGAUCUGCCCCUGGCGUAUUUGAUAAGCACAAUCGCCUACCUGGCCCUGAGCCUUCUUUGGAUCGUGAAAAGGUCGGUGGAAGGAUUCAAAAUCAACCUGAUUCGGAGUGAGGAGCACUUUCAGAGUUACUGCAACAAGAUCUUUGCUGGCUGGGACUUCUGCAUCACUAACCGCAGCAUGGCGGAUCUGAAGCACAGCAGCUUGCGGUACGAGCUCCGAGCAGAUCUGGAGGAAGAAAGAAUACGGCAGAAAAUAGCAGAAAGGACCUCAGAAGAAACAAUACGCAUUUACUCUUUGAGACUGUUUUUGAACUGUAUUGUUCUGGCUGUUUUAGGGGCAUGCUUUUAUGCAAUAUAUGUAGCAACUGUCUUCUCUCAAGAGCACAUGAAAAAGGAAAUUGACAAGAUGGUUUUUGGAGAGAACCUCUUGAUAUUGUAUCUACCAUCUAUUGUGAUCACACUGGCCAAUUUUAUCACCCCAAUGAUCUUUGCUAAGAUCAUCCGCUAUGAGGAUUAUUCCCCAGGCUUUGAGAUCCGGCUGACAAUCCUUAGGUGUGUCUUUAUGCGGCUGGCCACCAUAUGUGUCCUGGUGUUCACGCUGGGCUCUAAGAUCACAUCCUGUGAUGAUGACACCUGCGACCUCUGCGGCUACAACCAGAAACUCUACCCGUGCUGGGAGACCCAAGUUGGGCAGGAAAUGUACAAGUUGAUGAUCUUUGACUUCAUCAUCGUCUUGGCUGUGACACUCUUCGUGGAUUUUCCUAGAAAGCUCCUGGUGACCUACUGUUCCUCUUGGAAGCUGAUUCAGUGCUGGGGGCAGCAGGAGUUUGCCAUUCCUGAUAACGUCCUGGGGAUAGUUUAUGGGCAAACCAUCUGCUGGAUCGGAGCCUUUUUCUCACCCCUUCUCCCUGCAAUUGCAACCUUGAAAUUCAUUAUCAUCUUCUAUGUGAAAGAGUGGAGUCUGCUUUACACCUGCAGACCCUCCCCCAGGCCGUUCAGAGCAUCCAAUUCUAAUUUCUUCUUCCUGUUGGUGUUGUUGAUCGGGCUGUGUUUGGCAAUCAUACCUCUGACAAUCAGCAUAUCACGCAUCCCUUCCUCGAAAGCCUGUGGGCCAUUCACCAACUUCAACACCACCUGGGAGGUCAUCCCCAAGACGGUGAGCACCUUCCCCAGCUCGCUGCAGUCCUUCAUCCACGGCGUCACUUCUGAAGCCUUUGCAGUUCCUUUCUUCAUGAUUAUUUGCCUCAUCAUGUUUUACUUCAUUGCCUUAGCUGGAGCACACAAACGGGUGGUCAUCCAGCUCCGAGAGCAGCUAUCCCUGGAAAGUCGUGACAAGCGCUACCUAAUCCAGAAACUAACAGAAGCCCAAAGGGACACGAGGAACUAACUAGACUGAGCAUGAAGAUGGCGCUGCCGGUUGCUUCUAAGCUGACCUAGUGAUUCUGCUGAGCCUACAGAGUCUACCUGGGUUUUGAGUGGACAUUUAAAAAUAUAUUUUUCUGGAGUUUAGGCUUUUCCAUACGUGCAGCUGUGUUUACCUAACCCAGCCCUUAAUUAGGGCUUUAGUGACUUAGAAAAGCAGGGGAAACCCAAGCCUUUGCCUGCAGACCAGCCACUCUGUGACGACUCUACCAAAAACCAACAAGCCGUUUCAGCUUUUACAAGAGUGAAAGAGCGGGGACGGUAGUUUAGUAUUUGAGCCAUGAGUUCAUGUGCACAAGUGUUUUGGGAUGUGGACUGAAGUAGCUCAGCCUGUCAAUCAGACCAGCCCAUGAAUAUGUAACAAACAGAACUGGAGGCUGGUUUCUUAAACACACAUAUCCACAUUUUUAAGGGUUGUUUGUUUUCCUGUGCUUACAAUUUUUAAUGCACGUCCCUUUAUUUCACAAAACAUGUGGCUGGACGCAGUGGCUCACGCCUGUUAUCCCAGCACUUUGGGAGGCCGAGGCGGGCAGAUCACCUGAGGUGGGGA